CUUUUCUUUUUUUACGGUUUCGCAUUCCUUGUGUGGACAAAAGAAAGACACACUGACUGAACCAAAGAUCCUUUACAUACGGAAUAGGCUACCCAACCUUAUCCACUGAAAAAUGUCUAAACUACAGUUGUUGCGUUUAUUUUUAAAUGAGCGUUUAACGGAGUCUGCUGCUGAGGAGAUUUUCGAAGCAGUUGAGAAAGCGGUAGCGGAGUACCAGGAGGAGAAUGAUCGGCUACGGAGACUGCUGCGGUUCACACCAGAGAUAAAACUAUGUAGAAUAGACUCCCUGCAGCUCUCUCUCGCAGUCUCUGAAGAGGAGGUUCCCCCUGAGCAGCAGGAGUGGAGCUCCAGUCUGGGGCAGGAGGACCCAGAGCCCACACAGAUCAAAGAGGAACAGGAGGAACUCCGGAUCAGUCAGGAGGAAGAGCGGCUUCAAGGGUUGGAGGCUGAUAUCACAGAGUUCAAAUUCCCUCCUACCUGUGUGAAAAAUGAAUGUGAUCAGGAGGACCCACUUCAGUCCAUGACUGAACAGACUAUCGAGAACAGAGAGAGUGACUCCAAACCAGUGGAUCUCAAACCUUUCGGGACUGUGACCCACCUAAAGGGUCUCGACAUUCCCUUUGACCCUCCAGAUAGUCAAAACAAUGCCUCCAGCCACAGCUCAGCUACAAGCAGUGACCAAGUCGGACUUAACAGCAGCCCACCAUUGGAUCUAAUUGUGCACAAACUGGCUCACACUGGAGAGAAACCGUUUAGCUGUGGCGACUGUGGGAAAAGCUUCAGUCAAAAGGAACACCUAGGGAACCAUAUACGCAUUCACACAGGAGAGAAACCGUUUAGCUGUGGUGACUGCGGGAAAAGCUUCACUGUCAAGGGGAACCUAACUGUGCACAAACUGGCUCACACUGGAAAGAAACCAUUUAGUUGUGGUGACUGCGGGAAAAGCUUCUAUCAGAGCCAGGAACUAACUGCGCAUAUACGGACUCACACUGGGGAGAAAUCGUUUAGCUGUGGUGACUGUGGGAAAAGGUUUUAUCACAAGAUUACUCUAAACCGACACAUUCAGACUCACACAGGAGAGAAACCAUUUAUCUGUGGUGACUGUGGGAAAAGGUUUUAUCACAAGAUUACUCUAAACCGACACAUACAGACUCACACAGGAGAGAAACCGUUUAUAUGUGGUGACUGUGGGAAAAGCUUCAGUCAGAAGGAACACCUAGGGAACCAUACACUGACUCACACAGGAGAGAAACCGUUUAGCUGUGGAGACUGUGGGAAAAGCUUCAGGCAGAAGGGGACCUUAAAUACGCAUAAACUGACUCACACAGGAGUGAAAUCAUUUAUCUGUGGAGACUGUGGGAAGAGCUUCAUUCUGAAGGGGUCCCUAAAGAUGCAUACACAGACUCACACAGGUGUGAAACCAUUUAUAUGUGGAGACUGCGGGAAAGGCUUCUAUCUGAAGGGAGACCUAGGUAAGCAUAUACUGACUCACACAGGUGAGAAACCAUUUAGCUGUGGAGACUGCGGGAAAAGCUUCAGGCAGAAGUCGGCCCUAAAGACGCACACACUGACUCACACCGGAGAGAAGCCAUUUCACUGUGGAGACUGUGGGAAAAGAUUCAGUCAGAAUGGGGCCCUAAAGAAGCAUUUAUUGACUCACACAGGAGUGAAAUCAUUGUAGCUGUGGGGACUGUGGGAAAAGCUUCAGGCAGAAAAGACACCUAACUGAACAUAUUCAGACUCACCCAGGAGUGAAACAACAUGACGGCUCAGUGUGUGAUAGAACAUUCGUUAAGGCUCAUCUGCUGAAGCAUGUUAAUAAUGUCCUCGAAGAAAGAAACCGGGAGUAAAAAUAUAGCUGCAAGCAGCCACGAAAGCUCCUGGCCACAAUAUUUCUAGAAUUUUAAUUAGAGCAUUCUGUUAGUGAACCUUUUGAGCAAGAUAUUUUGCCACUUGUUUUUGAUACCGCCGGGAUAAGGGGCGGCAGCAUAGCCUAGUGGUUAGAGCGUUGGACUAGUAACCGAAAGGUUGCAAGUUUGAAUCCCCAAGGUCCAAAUCUGUCAUUCUGCCCCUGAACAAGGCAGUUAACCCACUGUUCCUAGGCCGUCAUUGAAAAUAAGAAUUUAUUCUUAACUGACUUGCCCAGUUAAAUAAAGGUAAAUAAAUAAGGAGUGACACUGCCGCAAAAAUAAAGGCUUUUUAACCAAUAACUUUUUUUCCCCCUCACUACAAAUCUUGUUACUGAAACGUACUCGCAGUUGAGAAGAUUUGUUAACAGUUUGACGUAAACAACUGAAUUGCAUUCUGUUUUUGGAGAUACUGACUCGUGCUUUGUAGUAGACCUUCCUUGUAGUGUCCUUAAGCCCCUCAAUUUUCUUGUAUUUUUAGUUAACGAGGCAAGUCAGUUAAGGACAAAUUCUUAUUUACAAUGACGGCUUACCCCGGCCAAACCCUCCUUUAACCUGGACGACUCUGGGCCAAUUGUGCGCCGCCCUAUGGGACUCAAUCAGUACUAAGUUGUUGGAUGGAUCAAAGAGAAGUUGAGUAGUUUGGGUUAAGCUGGGUUUGGUGUGAACAUGUAGUUUUGUUUUGACAAAAUGGACACUUUCUCUGUCAUCUUUUGAAUAAAAUUCUUAGCUUUUCACAAAUUCA